AUGCAGUACGUCAGAGGCAUCAGCGAUUCGGUUUCCUCAGCAUGGAACUCCAUCAACCCCUCCACGCUGAGUGGUGCGAUCGAUGUCAUCGUCGUUGAGCAGGAAGAUGGCACCUUGGCGUGCUCUCCGUUCCACGUUCGUUUCGGCAAAUUCUCGCUGCUUCGCCCAUAUGAGAAGAAGGUCGAAUUCAAGGUCAACGGGAUAAAGCAAGAUUAUUCUAUGAAAUUGGGCGAGGGGGGUGAGGCUUUCUUCGUUUUCGAGACAACAGACAAUAUCCCACAGAGCCUACAGACAUCUCCGCUCGUGUCUCCCGCAUCGAGCCCACCGCUUCAGCCUGACCAAACCUCGCUUGGUGCCCUUCAAGAGCCCGAUCUCCUUCAGCUUGACGGAACUGGCGGAAAGCCCAGAUCGGCUACACUCAGCCAAAGACCGGGACCUGCUCCAGUUCUGGGCCAAGGCCUUUUGUCUCCUCAUGCCACAUCUCCUGAGCUCAGCCACGGCCGUCCAGUGUUCAAGGACUUGUAUGAACAUAAUCGCCGACGACCAUCGCACAGCGAGGACGUUUUACCCUCUAAUGCAAGAGCCCAUUCAACCCGUGAUGAAUCACCCACUAGAACUGGACGCGGAGCAACUCCUGAACCCUCUUCACAUAGAUCGAUAAGCCCUCCCUCGCUCGCGCCACGAGAAGCCGUUCAAAGAGCCAUGAAAAUUUCAGAAGAGCUGCACGCAGUUAAUAUUCCGAGCCGAAUUACCGAGUCUGGUGACUUGAUGCUCGACAUGACUGGACUCAGAAGCACCGAGGAAGAUGCCAUAAGAGCUGAGAUCCUCGCUCGCGAUAUCCUGGCAAGAGAGAUGGAAGGUGAUUAUGAUAUUGGUGCUUUGUUCGGAAUGGACGAAGAGGGGAACCUCUGGAUCUACAGCAGCGAAGAUGCGAAAGAAGCCGCCAUGAUGAAAACGGUGGCAUCACUCCGCCCUGCUGCAACGCUUCCCAUCGAUGCAGCUUCGGAUCCGGGAUAUGCAAGCGACGACUCGGCGUCCUCGGCUCCCCUGCUAGGUCAUAGACGUAGCGAGUCUGAUGCCGGUCAAAUGAGCGUGGGCACGCCUCCGACCACUCCGGGGUCUACAGCUCACGCCGGCAAUCCGAAUCGGAAUUACGCCAAGACUCUCCGGCUGACUAGUGAUCAGUUGAAGGAGCUAGAACUCAAAGCCGGAGAGAAUGUAAUGGCAUUCACAGUGAACCGGGCAACGUGCCAGGCCAACAUGUAUCUUUGGAAGCAUGACACCCCAGUGGUCAUCUCUGAUAUUGACGGUACUAUCACAAAGUCCGACGCCCUGGGCCAUGUGUUGAACAUGAUCGGAAGAGACUGGACCCAUGCCGGCGUUGCCAAACUAUACAGCGAUAUCAGUGCAAAUGGUUACAACAUCAUGUACCUUACAAGCCGUUCAGUAGGACAAGCCGACACCACUCGAGCGUAUCUGAACGGCAUCGUCCAGAAUGGAUACCGGAUCCCGCGAGGACCCACGAUUCUCUCCCCGGAUCGGACUAUGGCAGCUCUGCGUCGAGAGAUAUAUCUGCGCAAACCGCAGGUAUUCAAGAUGGCAACUUUGCGUGACAUUCGUAACCUAUACGGGCCCGACAGCCAUUGCUUUUAUGCUGGUUUUGGCAACCGGCUAACUGAUCAGAUAUCAUAUCGAACAGUUGACGUACCUCGGCGCCGCAUCUUCACAAUUAACUCCAACGCUGAAGUAUCGCUCGAUUUGCUGUCGCUGAACAAGCUGAAACUGAGCUAUGUGAACAUGACCGAGGUCGUCGAUCAUUACUUCCCACCGGUUUCUACGCUCAUCAAGGGCGGAGACGAGGAAUAUACCGACUUCACCUACUGGCGAGAGAAGCCCCUGGAUAUGGACCAGUUUAGUGCCAGCGAAGAAGAGGAGGAUGAGGAUGAAUAUGAGGAGGAAGCGGAAGAAGACGAAGACGUCGGGAACAUGGGUGAUAGUUAUCUCUCCCGUGGUGAGGAUGAUGAGGUUGACGAAGGUGCUGAGAGCAUAUUCAGCGGUAGUGGGGUGUACGAAGAUGAGCAAAACAUGCUGGAUUCCAUAAUCCAGGAGGAAGAUGCAGAUGAUGAGAACGAUGAAGAGAUAGACGAAGAAGAUGGCGGACUAGACGAGGACGAGGUAAACGAAGCAGUCGACUCCGGGGUUGUCCCGUAUGAUGCCGAACCGCAGGGCAAACCUAGCGGAUCCAAGGCUGCGGAGCCGGACCUUGAUGCUGAGAUCAUGACAGGCGUGCAGAAACUGCACGUGAACAAGGAUGCAAAGCCGAAGGGGGAACAGGAGAUUUGA